AGUUUAAUGUUUGGUCGCCGGUUUCAGUUAGCUUGAAUCGCAAAAUUCAAACCUUAUAAACUUUAUAAUUCUACCCUAACCCAUAGCUGCAGAAUCUGGCUUUUGGUCGAGGCAGUGUUAGCCAGCUAAUACGCACAAUACAGUACGAAGCGACAGACGAAACUACAGCUAAUAACGUGCUAGUUUAAUCCAACGUCAUGAGAGGGGAUAGCACCGCUGUUAAGGAUGUCAGGUAGCUAGCUAACUAGCUUUGUCAAAGGGAGUAGGGAGAAAUGCCCCGCGCAGGGUUUGAAUGUUAGCUAUCGUAUUCAUCCAACGUCAGCAAGCCGACGUUAACUUUCAGCAAGCAUUUUUCUUGUCUAGGUAGGGGUAGUGACGAUGUCGAGUCCUGAAAAUGUCUUCGCAUAUUUUAACGACAUAGGAUGGCUAUGUAUGGUAACACUUUUCCUUGCUUCUAUCGUAACAUUGAUAAUAUAUUUAGUGCAAUACUUUUUUGACGACCAUCAUCACACUGGGAAUUCGGAGCAAAACAAUGCAGCUUCAGAUGAGGCAAAUGCUCUAUUAGAUUGGGCGCUGUCACUGAAAAGCUGGAAAACUCAAUGGAGACGAGCCUGGUUUUCAGCUUUGAAUGACGAGUCCAAACUGUUGGAGGGAUCUAUUUUGCUGAACUUCGAGGAGGAUGGUGUGCAGGUUUCCGAACUCUCUGUGGGGAAUAUCUCAAGUUUUAAGACAUCACCUGGUCGAAAGAACGCGUGUUGUCAGGUGGUUGGGGAUAAACUCCAGUUCUCUCUCAGUGCAACUUUCACCUCAUCACCUCAAGCACCUCCACUGAGAUACAGCGUGAAAAUGUCUCCUCUUCAUCUACAGUUGGACGUCCAGUUGAAGGAAGCUAAGGAUGAGAUUCACAUUACCUGGGGGGUGUCUCAGCUGGACGCCUGGGACCUGCAGCUAACCCCCAGCUUCACACAGGCGGAUGCUGCAGGCCCCAGCGUGGAGGCAGUGAGGGAUAAGCUCCGACAGGUUCUGUGCAGGGCCCGGCCCAGCGUCACGCUGAGCGGCCAGCCUGCCCAGUCCGCCCAGGAAAUUAGGAACAAGACCUCACAGGUGACCUCCCCUCCUAAACCCCCACGCGCUCAUGAAUGGAAGUUACUGGUUAAGAACAUCCGGGUGACAUGCAAACAGGAAGACGGCGCUGCAGGCAGCUUGAAUCCCCAGUGUGUGCUCCAGCUGGACGACCCUCCACAGAAAUUCUCCAGUGCAGUCUUGAAGGACACAUCCAGCCCUUCCUGGGACCAGCCCUUUGUCUUUGAACUAAGUGGCCGAUCAAAGGAGCUCAAUAUCCAGGUGCUUGAUACGGGAAAAGCACAGGAGAGCUGCUUGGUUGGUCAGGUGACAGUGCCUUUUGACCUCGUAAAGAAGCAACCCAAAGGACAGCAAACUUUUGCCCUCAUGACCAAAGACCAUGUGACCGGGUCACUGUCUACUGAGUUCACUUACUUGGAGCCCAGUGAGGUUCGGACGUGGCAGGCUCCCACGCCCGCUCCUGUCAAAAAGGUGGAGAUGGACCGAACUGUGAUGCCUUGUGGCACCGUGGUGACCACCGUUACUGCUGUUACGAGUAGACCCGGGCGGCCUUUACCGCCUGGACCCAACACAGGUAACACAGAGUCUGUGAAGCCUCCGCCUAAAACCAAGCUGUCAGAGAGAAGAGUGUCGGAGCAGCCGUCCAUGCUAGGAGCCAAAGUCAGCAAGGCCUUGUCAUCAUCAGACACAGAGCUAAUGAUGCUGAAUGGGACAGACCCUGUGGCCGAGGCAGCCAUCAGGCAGCUCCACGAAUCAGCAAAACAGAAGAUGAAGUCUCCAGUUAAAAAAAGCACCAUCAUCAUUUCAGGAGUGGCCAAGACUCCCCUGUCUCAGGACGAAGAGAUGGCAAUGAUGGCAGGCUAUGCCGCAGCCAUGGACGCUUCCAUGUCGGGGGCGUCUGGGAACGUUACCAUGGAAACCGCCUCCUCAGGAACAGAGGUUGAGACCGGCUCGGCAGAACCCUCCGACCCGGUAGAGGUCCCUGGCGAAGCCGGACCCGCCGAGGACUGGGAGAGCCAGGCCGGGGAGGAUCCAGAUGCAGACAAAACCUCCCUGUCGCUCUGCAUGUCAGAGACCAGUUCAAAGAAAGGGAAAGGCAGCUUCCUGCACAAGAGUGCCAAGUUGUUCUUCCGACGGCGGCACCAGCGCAAGGACCCGGGGAUGAGUCAGUCCCACAACGACCUCGUCUAUCUGGAGAACCCAGAGGUUCCCGCAAUGGGAGAGAGAGAACGGAGAACGGCCACCUUCAGGCGCAUCAUCAAUCGCAAACUCUUGCCCAAGAGCAAGAGCAAAGCCAACGGCUCGGCGGGGGAGCAGCACGCGUGAACCGCGCGCGGGUCCUGCCUCCACCCGUACCUCCUGUCCCCACCGCCACCCUCCCCUCCCUGCCGUCUCCCCCU